AUGGAGGAAAACUCGAGCCGGUCCACGAGCCGGGGCUACGACCGCCUCACCGCCGCGGAGGAGGACGCCAACGGCAACAGCAGUCCCGCCCCCCGCCACAGAGCUCAGCCCGCCUCCACCAACACCACCACGCCCACCUCGCCCACUAGCGAGAGCGCCGUGGAACUGGCCACGCCCACUACCGACAUGGACGUGGCGUCGACGGGGUCCGCCUCCAUCGUGGAGUCGUCUUCGGACUACGACCACUACAUGAGUCAGUCGGAAUCCGAGGAAUCGGACGAUGACGACGACGAUGACGAGGCGCUGACCUGUAACGUGUGCGACAGAGCCUUUCCCACGAGCAGGUUAUUGGCUUCACAUCAGACAAGGAAGAGACACUAUGGAUGUUCAACGUGUGAGAACGUUUUCCCCACACUCAUGUCCCUCGAAGCACACAAGGAGGAAACAAACCACUGGUCCGACGACGACCUCUUCAUCGACGACGAAGACGACGACGACGACCUCGACGAGAUCUACGGUGACGUCCAGAACGAGGAGGAGAGAGAGAAAUUGUUGUAGUCUCCCCUCGAUCGUCUGAAAUUUUCGUCCGUUUUCGUUUGUUGUUGAUUUUUUUUCUGUAUUAUGCUAUCGUCUUGUCUUCUUGAUUUCUUUCUUGUAAUGUGAUGGAGGAGGUAUUUUGUAAAAAAUGAAGUGAAAAUGAAAUAAAAAU